GGACAAGUAUUUCAUCGUCUCUUCUUCUUUUUUCUUCAGAUAAGUUAGCCUAUUUCGAUUUCGCUUGAGACAUGUCUGACAACCCAGAAGACCUAAACGGCGAGCUUCGCAGCCUGGACGACGAGAUGAUCGCUGCUGAGGCGGAGCUACAGAAAUACAAGGAUCUCGUUGAGUCUGCUGAUAAUGAAAGAUCCAGAUUGCUGCUGGAAAAAGCUGCAGCUGAUGACGAAAAGAGAAAAGCCGAGGCAGAACUUAAGGCGUUUAUGGAUUCUGAAGAAGAACUGGGAGAGCAAUUUAAGAGAGAUUUUCAAGAAGUACAGGAGGAGAUGAAGAGUCUUGAUCGGGUCAAUCAGGAUCUGAAGAGAGAACGUGAUGAUUUUCGAAAUAAGCUUCAACUCAAGAGGGACGAAAGUGACUCUCUGCAACGCAAAUUCAAGAUACAAGCCAAAAUCCCAGUGAAAACAGUGAAGUUUACUCGUGGUCUUGAGGCGGAAGAGGGAGACGAGAGAGAGGAUUUCGUGGCGUCUGUGUUCACGGUCACACAAAGACCCUCGUUUCGCCUGAAGGGCGGCCAGGCUCUCAUCACGUUUGAGGAGGAGAAGGUGGCAGAGCAGAUCCUCAGACUGGCGAAGUGCUCGGUGACCUGUGACAAAUCCAAGAUGGAUGUGAAGCCGUACUCUUUAUCUCUGGAUCCUUCCGUGAAGUUUGAGGUUCACAUCAAGGUAUCCAAGAAGACCAUCAAGUUCCGCAACGCCCCGCCCACUUUACCCGAGGAGCGAAUGAGAGACCGGCUGGAGCUGUCCUUCUCUAGAGCCAGUCGAGGUGGAGGUGAAGUGGAAAAACUGGAGUACAACAAGAGUAACGGCACAGGCCGCGUAACUUUCGUCAACACUGGAGUCGCGGAGAAUUUGUCUCUCAGAGGAAAGUUUUGUGUAGACACCGGCAGCGACGUGGUGGUGGACGUGCUUCCUCUGUAUGACUACCAGCUCAAGAAAUUUCAAACGUACUCAGGGGCCCCGAAUCGCACCGUACUUCUGGGGGGAAUUCAGGGGCUGAUGGAUGAAGAAGAUCUUCAGGACCAUCUAGAAAUCCACUUCCAGAAGCCCAGUAACUAUGGAGGAGAGGUUGAGAAUAUAAAAUACGUUCCUGAUGGAAAGGAGCUGACGGCUUUCUUCUCUGAGGACGGCAUUGAAAAGCCCAGCUGAGGGCCAAAUGUUGUUUUCAGUACACUGCAAAAAUAAUGCUCUUCCUCUGU